CGUUGAGGGACGGCAGAUGGAAAAGCUACAUGCGUGUUAUAUUGCUCAAGAGGCUUAUACUCUUGGUCUGGACCUGAUUGAUUCUCUCGUAUCAAUUCAUUUAUUCAUUCAUCAAUAUCUCCCCGCAUGUUUAUCCCUCAAGAGAUCGACAUAUCGUCUAAGCCACUGACCUGUAACUUAUCGGUCUGGGGUAUUUCACUCAUAAAUCGACAGUGUCUCCCUCGAAUGAUCUCCAUUCCCCCAAGAGCAAUUGUCAAUUCCUUCAUCGUGAUAGCCCCAUCGUGUUUCCGCCUUCUUGUACGUCAUAACCUACCUAGUACUCUUCAACAAGGACAUCCCUGUUAGGUCUUUAUAAGCACCAGAAGCACAGUAAAAAAUACCAGAGUCUUCCAAGUGCUUAGAAGACAAAUUUCAGUUAGUUUCUUGCUGAGUCGUGGGUCCUGCUUCAGAACACUGGUCCUUGUCCAACAGAAAAUUUGCUUCAGAUCACCAAGUAACAACAAAUAAAACCCAAUCGGGCACAAAUCUACCGUUGGAGUUGUGCCCUUACCGAGACUUAUAUAACACUUGAAACUUCAAUCAAGUGAGACGUACAUACAUACGCACACGCAUACAUACAGAUACAGAUCACUACCGACACUAGCACUAGCGAGUCUUGGCCCAUCAUGCAGAACUCUCCUCGCUCUGGAUCCUUUGAACGUCGCAGUUCUGUCCAUGAUAGAAUGCCAAGCCCAUCUCCCAUCCGAUCGCCAUUGUCCAGGAGCCGUACCCCUUCACCCUCUCGUGGUCGAUCACAAGCACCUCGUGGGAGACCUUCAUCUCGCAUGGUAUCGCGCUCUAAAUCACGAGCAAGACUCUCGUCUCGAUCAAGCUCACGGUCACCAUCCCGGCGCUCCAAGCGCAGCGACAACCAUCGUCACCAUGGGCUCUUCAAGACUACGGCUGGCCUUCUAGCCGGUAUUGGUGUCGCUGCUGUUGUAGCCCAUAAGGUCUGGCCCAAGGGUGUUCUGUACGGUGAUCAUGAAGACUGGGAGCGUUCUUCCAAGCAUCACCGCUCAGACCGCACUCAUCACCGUCGUCGGCGCUCACUUGAAAAUGGCGAGCGUGUGGUCGAGCGAACAACUCGACGUCGUGGCGAUGCUGUCUACUACGAAGAAGUUGAUCGCAGGCGACCUCAGAACUUUGAGCGUAUGCCACGGCCUGAGUAUGAGAGGAUGAGGCAGCCUGCUGAGCGAUUGCCAUAUCCUGCUGAUGAUCACUAUGUUCAGGCCCAACCAGUCUAUGCUGAGCGGAGGAGGACCGUCGUUCAGCCUGCUCCUAUGCACCCUGAGUGGUGACAUAGCCUGACAAUGGAAUGCGUUUUCAUAUAUUUAUUUAUUCUGCUGUCAUUUAUGUCUAUUGGGUGGUUUGGAUGGAAUUGCAUUGUACUGCAACGGAGUUGGUUGAGUGUUUAUUUGACAAUUCUUACGACUUGUAUGCUACAUGAGACAAUGAUACGGCGUUCAGAUACACAGGGGACUGGUUUAUAAGUAUAUAUUUUCAAAAUAUGUUCUAUAAUAUGCGUAAUUCUGAGAC